AUGCUGACCACAAACAGCGGUGUCAGGACCAGCCUGUGGAUUAUUUUCCUCUGCAGCUCAGGUGUCUGCGCCAGGAGGCAGCACGAUGCUGACGAGUCCUGGUCGGAGACCGUUUCCAGGGCCAGGUGUGCGUCGCGAUGCCUCAGCUUGCACAGUGUAGCGGCGCUCUCGAUUCUGCAGUCUCGUCUUCAGAACAACGGAUCCCUGGGCUGGUGUCGUGAUCAUAAACAGUGUGCAAAGACGACGGAGCAGAGAGCGAGGCUGUCGGACGUCCGGCCCGGUCGCUGGUACCAGUUUAGAGUGGCAGCCGUUAACCUUCACGGGACCAGAGGUUUCACCACGCCCAGCAGACACUUCCACUCAAGCAGAGAUCCCUCCAAUCCUCCUGCUCCUACUGAGCUGAGAGUAGCAAACAUGAGUUUUGGUCCCGGGAGCACAGUGGCAGCCAGGAUUGAGUGGAGCGUGCCUCCUGACCUGGAUGUUCCCGUCCACCACUACAAGGUCAGCUGGAGCUGGACUGCAGUCGGACAUUCAUCUGCCUCAUCCCUGACCAAGAGGAGGAAGACGGUCAGAAAGAGCCAGGUGGAGCUGGACAGCAUGAGGACCAACAGGAGCUACAGUGUGGAGGUUCAGGCUGUGUCUCACUGGGGACAAACUCAGUUCAAAGGACCGCGCGCUGUCCUCCGCUUCACCACGCAGCAAAGCACGAGUGCUCCCAGAAGCCCUGCAGGUGACGUGCUGGAUGUGGGGACACCGUUCUACCAGGACGGACAGCUCAGGGUUCAUGUUUACUGGCAGAGAAGCGUGGAUCCUUUGGUUGAAUUCUACAGAGUCCAGUGGGGACCUGAAUCCUGCGGACACAACCAGACCAGCCCUGUGCAGAAGACCAGUACAAAGGAGAGCUUUAUCAGCCUGCAGGGCUUACUCUUCUCCUGUAAGUAUAAAGUCCUUCUGCAGCCAGUCAGCAAGACGAGUCGUCCUCUGGCAGAAAGCACCAGCUUUCAUACGCCUCCCUGCACCGCCAUCCAGGCCAAGAGUCCAACACCUGUCAACUGUCCCAGAGAAACCGCUGUGAAUCUUCAGAAAGUCCUGAUGAAACCAACCAACCUGAUCGCAUCUUUUGAGGUCCUGGGUGGCAACGUGACAGCUAUCUUUAGCUGGGAUAUAUCUAUGACUUCAUCCCACCAGCAGCUAACUGGUUACCAGGUUACCUGGGCAGAAGUCAUCUCAACUAACCGCAACUACAAUGUCAAGCUGCCUCGCACCUUGAUCUCCCAGUCCCAGAUCCUACCGCCGGAUGGUAAUGUUCUAGUGGUGUCAGGCCUGCGCCCUGCUAGUUUGUACAGGCUGGAGGUACAGGCCAUCACAACGGAGGGUGAAGGUCCUACAACCAGGAGAACCUUCCAGACCCCUGGAUACCAAAGCACCUUACUGCACAGAUCAAGGCUGAGGAAGCAUCCCGAGCAGCCAAUCACUGACAGACACUGAGACCAGACGGCCUCAUGAACCGAGCUCCCAAAACAAUAAAGAAGAAGCCGCAGAGCAGCGAUGCUAACUGACAAAUGCCAGCUCGUCAGUGACAACAAGACAACAAGUGACAGCUGACAGACAUAUGAAUCCCUCCCUGCAGUAUCCCAUAAUGGACCGAAGCUUUACCGAACGUAACCCUCAAGUAAGCAUGUAAACAACAUAUUUCAGUAAAAGUACGGAUACAACUUCCACCAACAGGAAGAUAAACAAAAA